ACGUGAUGACGCCACAUUAGGGGGCAGGUCAAAUUACUGUAGUUCUCUUCAAUUCUCCUCUUCCUUGUCCUGCAGCUUUUAACAUCCACCGGCCAACGAAAAAAGAAGCAAGCAGAAUGUCCCAUCAGACAGGCAUCCAAGCGACACGGGAAGUGAGAGAUGUCUUUGCCAAGGCGCGGAACGGAGACUACCGACUGAUAAAGAUCGACAUUCAAAGUGAGCAGUUAGUUUUGGGCGGCACCAAGAAGGCCUCCAAGAAAUGGGACCAGGAGUAUGACGCCUACGUGAUGCCUCUGCUUCAGGAGGACAUGCCUUCCUACCUCCUGUACCGGCUAGACUCCACCAACAACCAGGGCUACGAGUGGAUCUUCCUGGCCUGGUCACCUGACCCUUCUCCCGUUCGACAGAAGAUGCUUUACGCUGCCACACGAGCCACCGUGAAGAAGGAGUUUGGCGGAGGACAUAUCAAAGAUGAAGUUUUUGGCACGGCGAAGGAUGAUGUGUCCCUGAGCGGAUACAGGAAGUACUUGGUCUCCCAGGCAGCCCCACAGCCACUCUCCUAUGCGGAGGAGGAGCUGAGAAAGAUCAAACUCAAUGAGGUACAGACGGACACGAGUAUGGAAGGCAAGCACCAGACUCUCCAGGGCAUUUCUUUUCCCAUGCAGAGGGACGCUAUCCACGCCAUGGAGCAGUUCAGGGCCAAGAAGAUCAACUACGUCCAGCUAGAAAUCGACUUCCCAAAAGAGUCCAUUAAGCUGUCGGGCACCACCCCCACCGAGGUCAGAGACCUGCCCAAGAGGAUCCCCAAGGACGCGGCCAGAUACCACUUCUUCCUGUACAAACACUCCCACGAAGGGGAUUACCUGGAGUCUACAGUGUUUAUUUACUCGAUGCCGGGCUACAAGUGCAGUAUCCGCGAGCGCAUGUUGUACUCCAGCUGCAAGAACCCUUUGAUAGAAACAGUGGAAAAUAACCUGCGCAUUGAAAUAGCCAAAAAGCUGGAGAUUGAUAAUGGCGAUGAGCUGACGGGUGAGUUCCUGUAUGAGGAGGUGCACCCCAAACAGCACGCCCACAAGCAGGCCUUCGCCAAGCCCAAGGGACCAAUGGGGAAGAGGGGGGGGCAGCGCAUCACACGGGCACCAGGGGAUGAUGAUGAUUAACCCCCCCCCCUCCCACUUCCAUUCAGUCCUCAAUGGAACAUUCCAGAUCCUAUAACCCCUUUGCUGAAUAGGACUCCUUCCAGUACCCUAUAUAAGACCACAAUCCUGUAGAUCGAACUAUGCACACAGAUAUUACCACACAAAGCUAUAACAAAUAUGGGAGACCUGUGACUUGACUGCCGCUCACAGUCACUCAUAGGGCACAGCGUGUAAAACAUGGCAUAUGGUCCUGAAGAAUGUAUACGCUUGCUGAGUGUUUCGUUGCAUUCGAAUAGAAGCCAUUCUUUAAAAAAAAAUCCACACAGACACACACAUUUGUGAUGUUAUGACGAGGACUCCAUGUUGAUUUGAAGGCAUGGAGAGGUCCACUCACUAACGCUCAAGGUCCUUGGGUUUCAGUGUUUCCUCUGGGAUGUUUAUUGAUUAGCUCGCCCCUGCCCCCUUGAUCAGGUAGAAAACCAUUGUGCCUGGUGUUCCGGUUGAGCAUUAGCUUUUGAUUACUUCAGGACCUAAAAGAAUCAGGCGAGUUAAUCAAUAAAGCACCAGGAAGCAAUCCCAACGGCCUCUGAACUCUGUCGGCCUCCAGGGAUCAGGUGUUGGGUGGGGUCAGCCAUGUGAAAGACCAUAAUGACCUAAAAGGUCAGAGGUCAAUCUGUUUCCCCCCCCCCCUAGCAAGAGCAUUCUGUGGAAGUAUGGAAGUUUUUCUCUUUGUUUUUAUUGUUCCUUUAGUAUACUGUAAGUCUUACUAAGUCAUGUGUGAUUUUUACAAUUUUGAGCCAUUUGUUGUUAACAAAAGACCUUUGUACAGAGAAAGCAAUCUUUCUAAGAUAUUUGGUACGCUAAUGCUGGUUAUGUUCUUUGUGUUUGUUUUCUCCCUUGUUUCUGUGCUUUGUUGUUCUCGUUCCACAUCUAAAGAUCUCUACUGCUGAGAGAAACUAUUUUUCUAUAAGCCCAUGCGGUGUGUAUCAUCUAAAGAUCAUGAACUAACUUUUGUGUGUGUCUGUGGCCAUUCUUUUCCAGUGGGAAAAUGUUUGCCUAAGUUUGUUUGAGUACAGAGGGGUUGUUCGUCCAUUACACUACUGUGACACACACACAAACACACACACUCACACACAGACAGACACACACACACAAACACACACACUCACACACAGGCAGACACACACACACACACACACACACACACACACACACACACACACGCGCACACACACACACACACACACACACAGCUAAGCACCUCACAGCAUUACUACAACAGCUGCAAUCACAAACACAGUGCUUUGGAUGCAUGUCUACUACAGAAAGGGAAUUGGGAUUGGGAGUCCCAGAUAGACUAAUUACCCUGCUGAGUCAUCAACCACUAAUUACCUUUAACCUUUGUCAGGGCAUCAUGCAUUUUACAGAUGACGUACCUUAGUCUUGUAAAGCCUCAAAGGUUUUUUUUUUUUUUUUUAAUAAAUCAAAUUGUAUAAAUGAGAUAAUAAAAAAAACAAGAAAAAAAAA